CGCCGUACCGUCGCCAGCAUGAGACCGGCCGUCGUCGCCCUGUGUCUGCUGCUGUGCGCCGGGCUGGCCGCAGCUGCGCCAAAUCUGCUGCCGGGCGACCCGCGGCUCGGCGAUCCGGAGCACCACCACGGACAUCACGGAGAUCACGGGGACCAUGGAGACCACGGGGACCACGGAAGUCACGCUACCGGUGGGGACCACCCCCAUGGAGACCAUGGUGCCCACGAAGUGUCUGAAGCUCGGACGGCCGGGUCGUCCAUCACGCCAGGAGCGGUGGACUUUGGUGCCGGUAUCCAGGUGACUCCCAGGCGACCCGGGCAGGUGGGACACCACAAUCCGUUCCUGCCGAGCUUCCAGCCAGGUAACGCACAGCGGCAGGCUGCGGGUGGUGUACAGCAGCAGCCGCAGCAGCAGCAGCAGCAGCGACAGCAGUCUACCCAGCGACAGACGCAGCGGCAGCAGCAGCAGCUGCUGCAGCAGAGACGACGUCAGCAGCAGCAACAGCAGCAGCGGCAGCAGCAACGUCAGCAACAGCAGCAGCAGUCUGUCCAGCAGCAGACGCAGCGGCCCUUCAUCCCAAUUCGUCCCGAGGACCUGAACCGUAACCCCGGCACGGGCGGCUCGGGCCCCAAGGGUCCUGUGACGGCCAGCUGCGGCGCCGGGCUGGUCUGUGUGCCCGAGACCACCUGUGACCCGUACACGGGCUUUGUGCGUGGUGUGCUCGACCGGCCGGCCGCCGACCCCUCCCAGCCGACGGUGGCCAUCCAGAGGUGCGCCCUCGACGGCCCCGACGCCGGCGUCUGCUGCCAGGAGAGACCGGGGAGGUAUGUCGACCCCAGUGCCAACGCCAUCGACAGUCAGGGCCCUCCGCGAGCGGUGACACCGAGCCGCCAGCGACCCAGACCUGUGAACACCAUCGCCGCCAAGGUGCCAGCGUCCUUCUCCAGUAAGCCGCGCCAGCCGUCGUCUGCGCUGCCGCCCAACUUGGCCAGGAAUCCGUUCCUGAGCGGCGCGGCCCCUGCCAGGACGUCUCCGGUGGCACCCCAGCGGCAGACACCGCCAGCUCCGGUCCCUCAGGCUGGGCCGGGACCGCAGCAGGGUACCCAGGUGACGUGUCAGGCGGACCAGCGGUGUGUGGAGGUCAACCUGUGCGGAGCGGACGGCUUCCUCACCAACCGAGUGGCCCUCGGUAACCGCAGCCCAUCCCUGACCACGUACUGCGUCACGCCUUUCAACGGUCGGGGUGUGUGUUGCCGGACUCGCCCGCAGCAGCCGGCCGCCCGUCCCCAGCAGCCAGCCGUCCGUCCCCAGCAGCCGGCUGCGCUCCCCCAGCAGCCGGCCGUCCGUCCUCAGCAGCCGGCCGUCCGUCCUCAGCAGCCGGCCGUCCGUCCUCAGCAGCCGGCCGUCCGUCCUCAGCAGCCGGCCGUCCGUCCUCAGCAGCCAGCCGUCCGUCCCCAGCAGCCGGCUGCACUCCCCCAGCAGCCGGUCGCCAUUCCCCAGCAGCCGGUCGCCAUUCCCCAGCAGCCUGCUCCACAGCCCAGUCGUCCCCAGCAGCCUGCUCCACAGCCCAGCCGUCCCCAGCAGCCGGUCAACGUUGGCCAGCAGCUGGUUGCCAUUGCCCAGCAGCCCUCUCCCUCGGCCUCGCAGCCCAGGCGCCAGCAGAGACCAGCCGCUGCUCAGACCGAAGUGCAGCAGCAGCAGCAGCGACGGCAGCCCCAGCCACAGCCACAGCCCCAGCAACAGCCCCAGCAACAGCAGCAGCAGCAGCAGCAGCAAAAGUCAACACCACAAUCUUCAUUCCAAGAGAGCUUUGCCUUACUCCAGAAGGCUGCCUUCCAGGCGAAGCAGGAAGAGCGGCAGCGGUCCACCGGCGACCAGUCCGCUCCGGCUCUGGGUUCCGACCUUCUACCCCCGUCUUCUGGAUCGGGGAAGGAGGCUUCUGUUGCCGCCGGCCCGGUGUCCGCUCCGGGAACCUGCGGGCGCAGCAGCCGGCUCACAGUUCCCGGAGUCACCCCCGCCCCCGGAGAGGCUCAGUUCGGUGAGCUGCCGUGGCAGGCGGUCAUCUACUACAGGAACGGCACCUUCGUCUGUGGCGGCACCCUCAUCAGCGAGCGGCACGUGGUAACGGCUGCACACUGUCUCUCCUAUAUCCGCCCGACGGAGGUGCUGGUCCGACUGGGGGAGUACCAGCUGUUCUCUGAGAGUGAGCCGCUGCCCUACCAGGACAUCGACGUCGCCGUCAUCCACAUGAAUGAAGGUUUCCGCCAGGGUCCGCUGUUCGAGGACGUGGCUGUGAUGGAGCUGGCCUCCCCCGCGGUGCUGGAUUCCCACGUGCAGCCCAUUUGUCUACCGAAACCGGGACAGAACUUCAACGGACGUCGCUGCGUCGCGUCCGGAUGGGGCAAACAGGGCUUUGACGCCGGUGCUCCGUCCAUUCUGAAGAAGGUAGAACUUCCAGUCGUCAAUAGCGAGCUGUGUGAGUCCAGUCUGAAGGCUACCAGACUGGGCAGCUUCUUCAGACUCCACCGGAGCUUCGUCUGUGCCGGAGGAGAAAGUGGCAUCAAUGCCUGUCAGGGGGACGGCGGCGGCCCGCUUGCCUGUCUCGUGGACGGCUCGUACGUUCUGGCCGGCAUCACCUCCUGGUCGGUGGAGUGUGGCAGGCCCGACUCUCCUCCGGCCGUGUUCGCUAGCUCCGUCCACGUCCUCGACUUCAUCCAGAGGAGUAUUGGAGCGGCCAGUGCACCGAGCGGCAGUGGCAGCAGCAUCCGCCGAGGGAACAGGCCCGACCGGAGCGCCACCUACGGCCGGUAGAGAGCAGCGCUAGUGAUGUACCUGGGUUUCAGAUGGCAGCACAAGCGCCUGCCACCGCGGGCAUGCGCUUUGCUCUGGGAACGCUGUGUUGGGUGAAUGCUGUGUUGAAGUGAAGUCUGUCGGUGCUCCUAAUGUUUUGUUGCAAAUGGUGUGAGCGAAUAAUCAGGGAGGAAUAAAGGGUGCUUGU